AUGCCGAUUUUAGAUCUUGACUGUCUUCAUUAAUUAUUAAUUAUUCAUUGUGUUAAGUGAUAAUAAAUAUAACUCUUUUUCGUGGUUUCUAAUAAAUUCAGGGUUGUGAAUUCCGUCGAAAUUUAGCACAUGUGUAAGAGUGUUUGUUGAUACAUUUGUAUGUAAGAUUGACAAUUAACGCUGCAAAGUUUUGACAUAAAUUCCCACAUUACUUUCUUUUUUAUCUUUAAAUUUAUCAAAAUAUUUCCUCAUUAUUAGAGGCAGGUACUUCGAACGGACUUUUUGUAUCUCAUUUCGUCUUCUCCCUUCAUGACUGGUAUGAAUCUGUCGUCACAUUGUUCCACUCAACAUUAGUACCUCAAAAUGUCUGACGGCGAAGAUGAUUUCCCAAAACUCUCCACAGAUACCUUAAAAGCACUCCAAGAAUUUUAUGAUGACAAAGCAGAGAAGGACAGAAAACUUAACGAACAGCUUAUUGACGGGGAGAACCCAUCCGGAAGUUUUGACUUUGAUGAAGAUUGGCAACUGAGUCAGUUCUGGUAUGAUGAGGAUACAAUAGAGGUGCUCGCACAAGAGGCAAUCCACACCGUUGGACCAGAUGGAAAGAUUGCCUUGAUAUCAUGCCCAUCCUUAUUUCCUAAAAUCAAGGCUCUUGCUCCUGCAGGCGUAGAAGUGGUUUUGUUUGAAUAUGACAAGAAAUUUGCGGUGUAUGGGUCAAGCUUUGUAUUUUAUGACUAUAAAGCGCCUUUGGAUGUCCAUAGAAAUCUUGCUUCAAAAUUUGACCUAGUAAUUUUUGACCCUCCUUUUCUCUCUGAAGAUUGUCUGACUAAAGUGUCUCUAACUGCCAAAUUCCUAGCAAAAGACAAAUUAAUCUUGUGCACAGGUCUUGUCAUGGAGAAAUUAGCAAAUCGUCUUCUUGCCGUCAAAAAAUGUAAAUUCAUCCCGAAGCAUCGAAACAAUUUGGCAAACGAAUUCGGAUGUUUCAAGAAUUACCAGUCAGAGCUUGAGUGGGAUUAUUGAAGUGCGGUUUCCUAUCAUUUUAAUGGAGAUUUUAAUAUUAUCUGAAUUGGAGCGGAAUUUUUUUUUCUUCUAUUUACCACGCACAUCUGUACAUGUUGGUUUUUCCUCUUUCAGUGCCUGAUGAUUUUAAGUGAAUUUUUAUAAAAGACCUUUUUAUUUAUUGAUAUGUUUAUUAAUUAUAUUUUUUGCUAAAUAUUA